GUGAAACACAUGGUCGUUGGGGGGUGUCUCACUUUGCCUAUGUAUCAGCAGGCAGUUCACAAUUUCAGUUUCUAUCAAUACUGAAAAAUCACUUUCCCUCUCUUCCAUAUAUAUUUUCAGUAAAUUUCUUGUGACUAGUAAAAGAAAAAAUGGGGGCCAUGACUUGCAUAGACAUCCUUUUGGCCAUCAUCUUGCCUCCCCUUGGUGUCUUCUUCAAGUUUGGUUGCAAGUGUGAAUUCUGGAUCUGUUGUUUGCUGACUCUCUUCGGAUGGCUGCCUGGUAUUAUUUAUGCUAUUUGGGUCCUUACCAAGAACUGAUCAUCUCUUCCCACAUGAUAUCAAGUUGCUGGCGCCUAUGAAUCAAGAUUUUUUACUUAUAAAGUUGUAAUUCCUCCUUCUUCUUCUUCCCUUUUUUUUUUGAGAGUUUUCGUGAAUCUUGUGUGCUUCAGUACAGAAAUCUGGAUAGAGUUGAUAAUGUCAUUAUUAGCGUUUCUAAUGUUCAUUACAUUGGUUGUAUGUUUUAAUUGUAAUGGGAUUCACAGUUUGUGAUACAUGUAUCAAGAGUUAUUAGCACAUUUGAUGUUAUAAAAAGUUGGUGAUAUUAUUGUAA